AUGUCUACUAUGGAAAUGCAGCCAUUUUUAAAAGGAGAAAAGCCCUUAAGUUACUCCAAAGCAGGGCUUAUUGGGCCCGGUGAGAGUGCAAAGGAUGAGCCAGAGGAGAACAUAGAUGCUGACUCACACACCAGACUUCAUGAAACUCCAACAAUAGAACAGCAUAUUGACAUAUUAGGGGUAUAUGUCCCCAUGAAAGCGCUGAAUGUUUGCUUGGCUAUAUUCUCUGUGCUAUUUAACGUUGCUAUGAACAUUAGCUUACCAUUAUAUUCUCAAGCUGUUAAUAGAGCCAAGGGUGAUGAAUACAAUGUACUACUGUUCUCCACAUUCUGGUUUCCUAUCAUCUUCUACAUUAUGGUGGCUUUUAUCAAAAUCUUCAUUGACAGGGACAUGCCAAUAUUGCCCACAUCUAAAUGGUACCAUGUUGUGAUGGUUGGGUCAUUAAAUGCACUGAGUGGAUUAAUGAUGGUGUAUGCCAGUGACCCUUCACGUACACCCCCAUAUCUACAGGCUGUUUUAGCCACAUCCAUUAUUCCAUACACAGUUAUUGCAAGACUUGUUAUUCGCAGAAUAGGGGUCUGUUUCAAAAGAUUUGUAUGUACUGGAGUGGUAUUGGUUGGAUUAUUCCUCUGUUCCGUGCCACAGAUAUUUGGCAUCAAUAAGCCUGCCAGAAACAACGAAGAACCAGGUACACCUGUGCCUAUGGCAUCAAAGGUCUUCUGGCCAGUUAUAUUUGCCCUUGGCUUUCUCCCAGUUGGAAUCCUGAAUGUCAUCAUAGAGAUUGCCAUGAAGAAAGAUGAGGCUGAAUCUGUGACAUUCAUAGCUGCCAGCCAGGGGAUCAGUUUCCUCACUAUUGUGUUUUUCUUCUGGACAGACUUUAUACCUGGAUUUGGACAGGCUAAUUCAACAGCAGAAUUUGUAGACCAUCUUCAUACAAGUUUGCUCUGCCAUUUUGGUGCUGAUCAAUCCUGCCUUGAUGUCCUUGGCCUCAGUUGGCUGUUUAUCUUUUCCUAUGUACUCAGUUGCAUAUUUAUGUUCUUACUGAUUCGUUAUGCUGAAGGCGCCAUCUAUGCUGUAAUUGUGAUUGCGCUAGUGACACCUUUAGGAACACUAUGGUGGACAUUAUUCCAAAGUUCACCUCAGUUUGCCUGGGGCCCAGUGUUUAAUGAAACUACAGUGUUUACCCUGAUUGGAUUAUCUAUAAUGAUGCCUGGUGUCAUAAUGUACAACUAUUUUAGUCAGAAGGAUGUGAAAGAGAAAGAACAAUUGAAUCAAUCAACAAGACUUCAGCAGCCCUAGUCAAUAAAAGAUU